UGUGGGUCCCGCCCCCCAGAUGGGACUGAUCCUGGCCAAGGUGGGGGCGCGGCAGCCCCUCUACCUCAAGUUGCUCCUGACCGAGCUGCGCGGCUUCGCCCGCCACGACGACGUGGGUUCCCUGCUCUCCUCGGCCCCCCCCUCCCUCCCGGGGCUCCUCUCCCGCCUCCUGCACCGCCUCCAGCGCCGACACGGCCCCGCCCUCGCCCUCGUCCUCGCCGCCCUCGACGCCGCCCCACACGGCCUGCGGGAGGGGCUCCUGGUGGCCGUGGCCCGGUCGGCCAUGAUGGCGGAAGGGGACGGCGCCGGAUGGGAACUGCUGCGGGACCUGCGCUGGUUACUGGAAGCACUGGGCUCUCCCCUCGAGCUCCGAUUGGUUCCCGCCCUCCGCGAGGCCUGCGCGAAGCUCCGCCCACCAGACCCCGCCCCUCUGACCAUAUAUGGGCAUGGCUCCUUAUAUGGGCGUCGCCGAGGGGAGGGGUGGGAGGAGUGGAAGAAGAGGGGGAGGAGGGAGUUGGCAGCCGUGAUGCUGCGCGAGGCCGAUCCCAGUGGGAAGGGAGAAUUCAAUGGGGCCGAAGUGGAAACCCUGAGGGCCCUCCCGGAGUUACUGGCGCAGUCGGAGCUGUGGCCGCAGCUCUGGGCUCUGCUCUGCUCUCCCGGAUUCCUCCGAGUCCUCGUGACCCACGGGCACUUGGGGGUCCUCACCCACGGCGUGGGGCGGCUGCGUGAGGCCCAGCGCCGUGGGGCAGUGCUCGCCGUGGGGCUGGACGAGCUGGCGGCUGUCUUGGACUCACUUGUGGGGCUGGCGGAAGAAAAACCCGCCGUGGGGCAGGAGCCCCUCAUCGCUAUGGGGCAGGAUGACGACGCUAUGGGGCAGAAUGGAGCCGCUAUGGGGCAGGAGCAGGCCGCUAUGGGGCGGCUGGCCCUCGCCGUGGGGCUGGCGCAGGAGGUGGCCAACGCUCCGCCCCACUGCCCGCUCCUGCCCCACAUCGCACGGCUCCUGCCCCACGGCGUCCAACGGCUCCUGAGGUGCCCAAACCCACCGCCGGACACCAGGUACCCCCCAAGGUCUCUGCUGGUUGGGGGUCGCGGGUCGGUGCUGUCGUUGAGCCGCUGCGGCACUUGGGGGGCGACGGGGGGAGAAGGGGGAACCGUCACCUGGAGCCGAGUGCAGAGCGGAGAGGUGGUGCAGGAGAUCCAGGGGAGCUGCGGCAGCGUCCGGGCUGUACUGGUUUUGACUCCUGAACUGGUGGCACUGGGAGGAGCUGGAGGGGAACUGGAGCUGUGGAGCAUCCCCGGAGGCAAACGGCUGUGGGCGGUCCCAGCGCAUCGCGCUCCCAUCAGUGCUCUCAGCCCCCACCCGGGGGGCGUGGCCUCGGCUGGGCUCGAUGGCGUCAUCAAGGUGUGGACGCUGAUGGGCGGAGCUCCGGUGGGGGGCGUGGCCUUGGGCCCGCCGGUCACGUGUCUGGCGCUGCACCCCGGGGGGGCGUGGCUUGCGGCGGGCGGGCUCUGGGCCAGCGCGGGGCCGGAUCUUCGACCUGGGCUUUGGCUUGGGGAGGGGAGGGGCUACUGGCUGGGGGCGUGGCCUUCGGGGCGGGAAGGGGCGUGGCCGUCCGCUUGUGGGCGUGGCCAAGCACCCGCCUCCUCGCCAACCUGCCCCUCCCACCGGGUUCCCCCCACCCGCCCCGAGCGCUCGCCUUCGCACCCCCCCCACCGGACGGGACCCCCCGAUAUCGCCUAUGGCUCUUGGGAGCCGGGCCUGGAGGAAGGGUGA